UCAUGAUCCUGGGAUCCUGGGGUCCUGGGAUCGAGCCCCGUGGGGAGUCUGCUUCUCCCUCUGCUCCCCCUCCAGUCAGUUGUUGGCUGGCAGAUGACACCGGCAUGUGCCCACAAGGUGUGCUGAGCAGGUACCCUGCCGUUGGGGCUGCAUGGACGGUGCCAGGCUGGAGGGUUCUUACUCCAUCUGCUCUCAGCGCCCCGGAGCCUUGGACCCAGAUGAUAAAUUCCUUUCCAUUCCCUGAGUUCUGCAGAAAGAAGCACGUUCAUUUCUCAGGGUUGCCUUUCGCUGUUUGUUUUCGGCUUUCCUUGAUCUGCAACAGGUGAUUUCACCUGGAUGGGAAGAGUGUUGGACAGGGCGCUUUGCCCCGCCCCCCCGGGCCCCCAGGCGGGUGCUUGAAAGCAGGCCCUGUUACCCCAGGGAUUUGCUGUCACCUGCUUGUUAGCAACUUCUUUUAUCUGGUGUUCUGAGAGGUGGUCUCUUGCUGUGCAUCAGACGGAGGAGUCCAGAGUUCUGUCCUGUCUUUUGUAAGUAGCAGCAUGCUGGCAAGAUUGUCACUUAGGAUAAGUGCCUAUACAUCCAUGGAAAUGGCAGCAUGAGGUGGUGUGCCUCCGAAUACUUGUCUUUCCAGAACAGUCCGUGGCAGUGCUGGCCCCAGGUCAUGUGCAGGGCGGCUCCUGGCAGGACCAGACUGGGAUGAGCAGGGUUGGUGUGGGAGUAGGCUGUGUGCGUGCGCGUGCGAAGGAGAGAGAGAGGGCUCUCAAAAGCGCUGUUGCAGAAACCACAGGCUGUGCAGAUGACCUGCAGGCUGGCAGUGGUUUUCUUUCUUGGGGUGCGGGUUCUUCUCUCCAGCCCCACCCCCCUACCCAGCAGAUGGGGUCUUCUGUUGGGGCGUGUCUGGGCCAGCUGGGUUCCCGUGUGUGACUGUGAUGGGGUUGUGUUCUUCUGGGGAGUUGUCUGGUUGUGGAACCUUUUUGAAGAAAAUACCUUUUCUGUGGUUAAUUGAACAGCCAAGCGCUCGCAUUCCCACCUGACCCGUCGGUCCGGGUGAGCUGCAGACAGGCUCCCAGGUGCGUGUGUUUGGUGUUUGCCUGUCUCGGUAGCACCUCCGUGCUGCUGCUUCAGUAUCUUUAAUUGGUUGUGUCUUAACUGGGAGCCACAGACUUGACUGGUUGUAUUUCUUUUCUGAUGAUCAUGGAGUUAAAUUCCAGCCAGUGAAUGGAGCAUCCGGCAUCACCUGUGCUUAGCUCCAUGUGUGCUUUGGGAAGCCGCUUCCUGCUGUUGCCUUUCUCUCCGACCCAGCUGUGCUUCGCUGAACUUGGUCUGUUGCAGACGGACCAUCCUCCCGUUGUUUGUGUUGAGUUAGUUGCUGGGCUCUGGCCGCUCUGUGUUUCUGUCUCUGCAGUUCAGGAAACUGAGAAAUGUGCUCAAAGUGGGAAAGUGAGUCAGGCCAGAGGGGUGGAGGGGCCCUUAGGGGGCGGGGUAAGAGGAGAGCACAGGGAGGGGGUGGGGACCGCAGUGACAUCACAGUGGGUGCUGCGUGUGUGUGUGUGUGUGUGUGUGUGUGUGUGUCCCCCACCUGUGAGUCUCCGUCCUGGAGCUCCCGCUGUCCCAACCCCUGAGCGCAGCCUUGACCCUUGGUUCUCUGAUGGACCCCAGUGUGCCGCUCUGUCCCCCACGCAGCUCCUACCACCGGGGCAGGCCUGUGCUUCAAGGUGGAAGUCAGCCAGCCUUUCUCUGGGUCCUGCUGAAACCCUUGAGCUGCUCCAGGCUUGUUUAGGUGCAGACGACAUCCCCUGCGGGCGCUGCUCUCCAAUGUGGGGCACAGGUCUGCUUGUCCCCUGAGGUCCGAGCUGCUGACAGCAGGGACUCCGUGUGUACCAGGGGGACGUGGGCCAUGGAGCACCCCAGCGUGGAGCCUGGACAGACUCUGAGGGGGGCAGGGUGCUGUGACCGCUGGGUGAGGUGGUGGGCCUCAGGAAACAACACACAGCUCCACUCCAUCUUUGGUAGGAGGCCUGUGCGCCUGCGUGCCCGUGUACGGGAUUGUUUGCUUUAUGAAGCUUUCACGUUGACGCAAACGUUUUAUCUUUAGCAUGUAAUCUCCAAACUAUAGCCAUUGGGCUGGGUGAACAUCAUCAACAGAUAUAUGUCACAGAGCAAGCACACAGAGGCGCGGGAACUCAUGUGCUCAGGGGCACUGCUGUUCUUCAGCCACGGCCAACAAAAUAGUGCCGCGGACUUGUCCAUGCUGGUCUUAGAGUCGCUGGAGAAGGCAGAAGUCGAGGUGGCCGAUGAGCUGCUGGAAAAUCUGGCCAAACUGUUCAGUUUGAUGGACCCAAAUUCUCCAGAACGAGUGGCUUUUGUGUCUCGAGCCCUGAAGUGGUCCAGUGGAGGAUCUGGGAAACUGGGCCACCCCCGGCUCCACCAGCUGCUGGCCCUCACCCUCUGGAAAGAGCAGAACUACUGUGAGUCCCGGUACCACUUCCUGCACUCUGCGGACGGCGAAGGCUGCGCCCACAUGCUGGUGGAGUACUCGACCUCCAGGGGCUUCCGCAGCGAGGUGGACAUGUUCGUGGCCCAGGCUGUGCUACAGUUUCUCUGUUUAAAAAACAAAAACAGCGCGUCGGUGGUGUUCACGACAUACACACAGAAGCACCCGUCCAUCGAGAACGGCCCUCCGUUCGUACAGCCUCUGCUCAACUUCAUCUGGUUUCUGCUGUUGGCUGUAGACGGAGGCAAACUGACCGUAUUCACGGUGUUGUGUGAGCAGUACCAGCCGUCCCUGCGGCGAGACCCGAUGUACAACGAGUACCUCGACAGGAUAGGACAGCUCUUCUUCGGCGUGCCGCCCAAGCAGACUUCUUCCUACGGGGGCUUGCUAGACUGCCUUCCACAGCGGCAGCCCCGUUUCCCAUCCCGCCAGCCGUGCACAGGGUUCCAGUUUCUCCGUGUCCUCGCCCGCGUUUGCUGUUGUCUGUGCCUCAGUAGUGGGUGUGAGGGUCUCACCGUGGCUCUGAUUCACAUCGCCCUGACGAUUGUUCGUUGCUGGCGUAAAGAAACGCAACUGAUUGUCGUGUGCUGACUUUGUAUCCCAUCACUUUGCUGAAUUCGCUUACUCUGACAGCUCUUUUGUGGAGUCUGUAGGGUUUUCUGCAUACAACACCAUGUCGUACGCAAACAGAUCAUUUUGCUCCCUCCUCUCCACUGUAGAUGCCUCUUCCCUCGUCCUCGUGCCUGGUUGCUACGGCUGGAGCUGCCAAUACCGUGCGGACUGGAGGUGGUGAGGGCAGGCACCCUCCCCCUGCUCCUCCUCCUCCUCGAGAGGAGUUGGCAGUCUUCCACCACCGAGGAUUACGGUUGCCGUGGGGUUUUCAGAGACGGCGGGUACUGUGGGGGGGCAGUCCCUCCUGUUCCUGGCCUGUUGAGUGCUUUCACGAGAGCGUCGCGUUUGGUCAAGUGCUGUUCCUGCAGGAGUUGAGAUAGACGAUCGUGUGGGCUUCGCCUCGUUCUGCUGACGACUGGCGGGUUCUCACGGGGAGCCCUCUGUGCUUUCCACGAAUAAAGCGCUUGUUGUGGUGCGUCGUCCUUAA